UUUAUGUUUAAUUUUCAUGCCAAAAGAUUCUCUCAAUCUAAUUUCUCCAAUUUCCCCAUUCUUUCUCCGUAGGGUUUCCAUCUCAUUUUGCUUCCUUCGUCUCGCCUUAUUAUUAGUAAAAAUCCUGUGGAAAUUUGCUGUCAUGCAUCUAAGUUUCAUUUUAUUGCACAGAUCCAGAGCCGGAAUUCCGUCACUUUAGUCAUCGCGCCGGAACGAAAGGCAAAGAAGCGAUGGUGAAGGCUAAAUCGGAAUCCGGGUGUGCGAGUCAGUCGAAGGGGUUCGAAUCCGGAUCUGGUGGCACCGCCCGGCCGGAUUUGAAUGGUUUGGUGGAUGGCUGCUAUUUGCCUAGGUCUAGGACGAGUGAGAUGAAUGGUUACUGCGUUUAUACUAGGAAUAAGAGAUUGAAGACUAAAGCCGCGGGUAGAAUCGGGUGUUCGGAUAAACUCCAGGGUGACUUGAGGUCUACGGUUAAAACUGCGGAUGCUGCUUGUUCGAAUGUAGGUGGCAUUGACAGUGGUUUAGGCGAUGUAGGGUUUAGUGGAGCAGAGGGCGAGGGAGUAAUGAUGGACAUUGAGAUAAAGGAGGAGCCAUUUGUGGCCACGAGAAGUGCUGUACCCAGGAGGUUUACACGCGCGAUGCUUAAGUCGAGGGGCGAUGAUUUGGAGAAUUUGAGGGACACGGUGAUUUUAGAGGCUGAUGCAUUCACGAAUGAAAACUUGGCAUUGGGUAAUCCAGAGACAAGGAAAAUGGAAAUGAAGAUGUCCAAGAAAAUUCUGAUAAAAGGCCGACCAACAACUGUUAGAGAACUUUUCGAGACAGGGUUACUGGAAGGGUAUCCAGUUUUCUACAAUGGUGGCAAGAAGGAAUUCCCGUUACGUGGCACCAUAAAAGAUGAUGGAAUCUUGUGUUAUUGCAGUUCAUGCAAGGGAGCUCAGGUAGUUCCUCCUUGUCAGUUUGAAAUUCAUGCCUGCAAAUCAAAUAGACGUACAUCACAGUACAUAUGCUUAGAAAAUGGGAAAAGCCUUUUGGAUGUGAUCAAAGAAUGCCGGAAAUCUUCUCUGAGAACAUUAGAAGAAACAAUUCAGAACUUCAUCGGCCCUCUGCCUGUGAAGGGAACUGUUAUCUGUCAAAAUUGCAAAGGGCUAUUUCUGCCAACAUCUACCGAGAGAGUGGAACUAUGUGAUUCUUGUACUGUUGCCCUAAAUCCAAAGUUUGAUGGUGAAUGUGUAGAUUCAAGGGCUUCGGAGUCACUUGUUGCCUUAGGAAUGCCUGAAAGUGAUGAACUGUAUGAGAGUCACCACCAAAGAGGACGUCGUGGGAGGAUAAAAAGGAAGCAUUCACAAUCGAAAGCUUGCACAGAAUCUACUGGAAAAUCCUUGCGUGGUAGAAAGAAGGGUCAAUCGAAGAUAUCAAAAAUAUUGCCAGAAUCAGCCAUAAUGUCUCCCAUAAGUACUUCAAUGAGCUAUUCUAAGUCAUCUUCUGGUCCAACCUCAAAUGCUAGUACUUCCAUCCAUGACUCACAGAAAAACAAGACUACAAGUACAAUCUUAAAGGAAUUGUCAAAUGCUUCAUCUCUAUCCACAACACAUAUAACUGCACCAGUCUCCUCCCAGUCCAAGAAUUCAUGGAAGAUAACUAAAAAAGAUCAAAGGAUGCAUAAGUUGGUGUUUGAGAAUGGAGGAUUGCCAGACGGAACAGAAGUUGCUUAUUAUUCUAAUGGCAAGAAAUUGUGUGAGGGGUACAAAAAGGGAUCUGGAAUAAUUUGUGGCUGCUGUAGCUCAUUGGUUAGUCCAUCUGUAUUUGAAUCUCAUGCGGGAUGGGCAUCUCGAAGAAAACCCUAUAUGUAUAUCUACACAUCUAAUGGAGUAUCCCUCCAUGAAUUUGCUGUCUCGCUGUUAAAAGAGCGCAAAUGUCCCUUGAAAGAGAAUGAUGACUUGUGCAUCAUCUGUGCAGAUGGUGGGAAACUUGUGCUUUGUGAUGGCUGUCCAAGGGCUUUUCACCAAGAAUGUGCAUCUCUUUCAAGCAUUCCUUGUGGAAAAUGGUAUUGCAUGUAUUGUCAGAAUAUGUUCCAGAGGGAAAGGUUUGUUGAGUGGAAUGCCAAUGCCGUUGCAGCUGGAAGAGUGGCUGGUAUUGAUCCAAUCCAACAAAUAACUAAUCGUUGCAUUCGCAUUGUCAAAAAACCUGAAGAAGAAGAAGUAAUAGCAUGUGUGAUUUGCAGAGGCAAAGAUUUUAGUAAAUCUGGCUUUGGUCCUCGCACUGUAAUAUUGUGUGAUCAGUGUGAAAAGGAAUAUCACGUUGGCUGUUUGAAAAAAUGCAAGAUAGCUGAUUUAAAGGAACUUCCAAAAGGCAAAUGGUUUUGCUCUGAAUCUUGCAAGUGGAUCUAUACUGAACUUCAGGAUUUGUUGGAUACUGGUGAAGAAAAGCUCUCAGAUUCUUCUCUGGACAUUAUAAAAGAGAAGCAAACAAAAAAUUCUUCAGCUGGGGAUGCAGAUAUUGAUGUGGGAUGGAGAGUUUUGAAUGGAAAAGUUACUUCCCGGGAAACAAGAGUGUUGCUGUCCCAGGCUGUGGCUAUAUUUCAUAGUUCUUUUGCGCCAAUUGUUGAUCCGCAGACUCAGCGAGAUUUUGUUCCAUCUCUGGUUUAUGGGAGGAAUAUAAAGGGUCAAGACUUUAGCGGAAUGUACUGUGUCAUAUUGACAGUGAACUCGGCAGUUGUAUCAGCUGGGAUCAUUAGGAUUUUUGGACAAGAAAUUGCAGAACUCCCAUUGGUUGCAACUCACAAUGACAAUCAAGGCAAGGGAUACUUCCAAACCCUUUACUACCGGCUUGAGAAGUUUCUUGCACAUUUGAAAGUUAAAAACAUUGUUCUCCCAGCAACUGAUGAUGCAAAGUCAAUUUGGCAACAGAAGUUUGGCUUUCAGAACAUCCCGCAGGAUAGGCUUUUGAAUCACAAAAAAACCUUUUCUCAAAUGAUAACGUUCAAGGGGACAUCAAUGUUAGAGAAAACAGUUCCAAAAGCGGCAACUGCUAACUGUAAAGAAGCUGAUUCUGAAGUUCCCUUGCAGUGAUUCCAUUUGUUUCCCGGGCUGAUUGACAUGUGCAGGAAAGAGAGAUAAUGUGGAAUUGUGUAAACCUCUGGAGCAGUGGCUGGUGUUGAAGGACUAUAACUAGUGUCCUUGUUUUGUUCCCAGCGUGUAGAUAGCUAGCUCUCAAACAUGACUAUCAUUUAUUACAUUUUUGAGGUACGCAAUUUCAGGUUAUUGGACUUGAUGGAUGCCCUUUUCCUCCUUAUUCUAGACUACCUUGUUUGUAUCUAGCAAUACAUUUCAACAAUUUAGUUCUUUUGUAACUUCUAGUGACAAGAAGGAUCGUUUAUCAAGGGCAAAUAUUUUCUUAUUUUGAAUUUUCUUUCCACAAAUGAUAGAAAUAUUCUAGCAA